AUGCACGCAGCGAUCACGGAAUGCGGGGAGGACGAGGUGCGAAGGGGUAUGGACGCCAGGUACCUGCUGGCCACCCCGGAGGUGCAUCACCCGGACUACCAGGGUGUGGCCAACUCGAGCCUGGACAUGGACAUUGAGGUAUGGGAGGUUAGAGUGGCCGUGCAUGACCUCAACACCAGAUCGGCGGCAGGCCCAGAUCGAGUGACGAACAAGUGGAAGGCGGCCAAGACCAUUCUGAUUCUAAAGCCGGGCAAGCCGCCGGACAUUGGGAACCUCCGGCCCAUCUACCUCACGUCCUGCGUGGGCAAGGUGCUGAAGCACGUCCUGAUGAACAGGUGGCAGCUGUACCCGGAGGAGUCGGGGCUCUACCCGAACACGGUCAUCGUCUUCAGGAGCCAGCUGGGCACCAAGGACGCUAUGAUCCAGCUCAAGAGUGAGAUUUUGGACGACAACACCAGGUCGAGGGAUAACCGGGCCGUGCUCGGCCUGGACCUGCAGAGCGCCUUUGAUAAGGUGACGCACUCUGCGAUCCUGGUGCAGGUGUCGAGGCUGAACAUGGGUCACACGGUUGAAAUACACGCGGGCGACCUUCAGCUACCGGAGAAGAAGCUGGGCAGCGUGGGGACUCCGCAAGGGUCGGUCAUCUCGCCACCGCUGUUCAACCUAGUGAUGAUCGGAGUGGCCGAACGGCUCUCGCGCGUCAGCGCGGUCAGGCACGCGAUCUACGCCGACGAUAUCACGCUCUGGGUCAAGAGAGGUAGCCACGCCCACAUUGAAGACACACUGCAGGCGGCGGUGGACGCCAUCGAGGAGCAACUGGACGGCUCGGGGCUGGUGUGCUCACCGAGCAAGUCGGAGCUACUGGUGGUGCCACCGAAGGGAGUGAAAAAGAAGGAGCGAGAACCGAGAAGGGAUCGUGAGAAAAUCACGAUCCCUUCUCGUUGA